GGGAUGGGAUAGAGGAAGCUGGCAUGAAGGACUCCCUCUUGCUACCACUGAAUUGCAGCUGCUAUCUACCCUGCUUAGCUCUGAUGGCAAACUACAUCCACUCACUGAAGAGGACAGCCACUCUGAGCAAUGGAGAGACUCUUCCAGUGACCACGGACACACUGAUGAGUUCACAAAUGGAGAUGAGUCGCCCUCCCACCGGACAUCUCAUCUCCACGCUGGCAUCUGCCAUGUGCAGCCAGCACGUGGCAGACGUGGAAAAGCUGCGGCGACAACUAAAAAUCGUGCAGACAGACAUGCAGGAUUUCAAGCAAGAAGUCAGCGGGCUGCUCCAUCAAGUGAAGACCACACUCAGCUACAUGAUGGAGGUGGUAACAAGGCUCGAAACCAGCAGCCACCACAUGGAGCAAAGGCUGAGGGAAGAAGAAGACCGAGGUAUAGUGCGAAGCAAGGUGCUUGCAUUCUUGCUGCCAAGAGAGAAAGAACUGCGGGAGAAAUGUGCCAGUCUAGAGAGGAGGCUUUGCUGGAAAGAUGGCAAGGUCUACCAAGUCCUCAAAAGCAUAAGGGAAAAAUAAUAAGGUUGCUUAUAUUUGAUCCCACCUGAGAACUACUCUGGACUUUCAAAGAAGAUGAGCCGUAAAGAGACAGCGAGAGUGGAACAGCCAUGCCAAACCUCUUGUCAUUUGGAAA